CAUUACGUCGGCUGGAAAAGCAAGCUGCACUCUCAAUACGGCUUUCCUGUGGGAGGGGCAACAACAUUUGUGUGGACGUUGACAAGUCGGACAGCUUCAGUACGUCUCUGGCUACGUUAGCGUUUUGUGGAGUUUGUGGGUUUUAACCCUUCAGUUAACACCUUAUCUGCAGUUUAAAUACGAUAUAGUUAGCUCAAUAAUCUAUACAAUAUGGUGGCAAAGCAGAGAAUUCGCAUGGCCAACGAAAAACACAGCAAAAACAUCACGCAGAGAGGCAACGUAGCCAAAAGCACGAGAAGCACCCAAGAUGACAAGGUGGCGGUGGGACCGUGGCUAUUGGCACUCUUCAUUUUCGUAGUCUGUGGAUCAGCAAUCUUCCAGAUCAUCCAGAGCAUCAGGAUGGGGAUGUAGCUUGCACACCACAGCUAUGCCGACCCUUUCUGCAGAUUCCAGCAUUCCUCUCUCAAACUUUCCAAUGGUUUACACCGUGCCUGGCAAGCAUUUGUGGCAACUAUCCAUCUUUUUCUUUUCUCCCUCUUUUUUUUCUCCAUUGUUCUGUUUUUGCCAAGCUGUGUAACCACACAGGGUCAUUCCUUCCUCGUGCCUUAGACCAAUGUGGAGCAAAAUGUGCGAAAGCCAUACAAAAUGUGCAUUUUCCAUUCCAACCUGGGACAUCACGUGUACUGUGUUGUAAAGUGUAUUUGGAUUCAAAAAGAUGAUGUAAAGUGGAUGUGCUAUGAUUAUGAUUCCCACCUUUGUCUCCUCUUGACAGGGCAGUCUUUGAUUAUUUUCUGCAUGUAUGAUUACGGUCCAAUUUCUCCUUAUUUCCUCUUUAUUCUAAAAGAUGGAUAUUGUAUGAUUUUAGGUGUCUGUGAGCCCUGUUUUAAAAGGCCUAUUUCAGUGCCAAACAAAAUAGUCAGGUCUGAAGAUGAUGGCAGACAUAUUUAAUUGAAGAGAGAAGCUGAAGAGGGAAAUUCAACUGCAGCAUUGGCUUCUUUCUCGAAGUGAAUACUGGUUUAAUCAUACACAAUGUAUAAGUUCCCCAUCUCUUCAAUUGUGUAUCAUGAUUAUGUGAUGCUUGUCCUGUAUAUUUUUUUUACAUGAAGCAGAUCGAAGUAAAUGUUUGACUGCACAUUGUGUGCAGUUUAUGAAAUUAAAUCUGCAUUUGCUGCUAAUGGAUAAUAAAAAUGGAGGUGGUAAA